UAUACUAAAAAAUAAAAAUACUCAAGCACAUGCCCUUUAUUUAAGACGUGUAACGAUACAAUAGUAGGUGUGACACUGUAUUGGGCGAGGAGCACUGGACACCCAUUACGAUACAAUUCACCUCUUUUAUUAAAGAAUUAAUACAAAUAAUCAAUAAACGAAUCACUAAUGGGGAUAGAUUACAAAUCACAGUGACUGUCCUGGACCGAUAGCAGCCCUCACAGUCCCCUCCCUACCCGGGAGGAGCCGCAUGCAGCAUCAUUCUCUACCUACAGCUGGAAAGCGUCUAGGUAGGCUGGUGACUUCAUUCAUCCACUGACGGAUUUCUUCAUGGAAUACGACAAAAUCGUCGGAUUUGCAUUUAAACGAGGGACAGUCUGAUGUAAAUAAGCGCAAAGGUGCAGACAGACACCGGCCCAUCCUCCCCAUUCAACACUUAAGAGGGACCGGAGCUCACAAAGAAGCGCUCAUGAAUCUCUCCUCCUGCUCUUAAAAACCAGCACCUUCUGCGGGAGAUGACAAGCCGCUAGUCGACAGUGACAUCGGAUAUUUCAACGCACAAAACGACAACAGACACGGGUGUUGAAAUGGAGCUGGAGCAUUUCGACGAACGGGACAAAGCACACAGAUACAGCCGUGCGGGUUCACGGGGGAACGGGCUCCCCAGCCCCACGCACAGCGCCCACUGCAGUCUGUACCGGACCCGGACCUUACAGGCUCUCAGCUCCGAGAAGAAAGCCAAAAAGGUUCGGUUCUACCGCAAUGGGGACCGGUACUUUAAAGGAAUCGUGUACGCGAUCUCCAACGACAGGUUUAGGUCCUUCGAAGCAUUGCUUGCGGACCUCACCCGCUCCCUGUCAGACAAUGUCAAUCUGCCCCAGGGGGUUCGGACCAUUUAUACCAUUGAUGGGGGAAAGAUUACCAGCAUGGACCAGUUGGUGGAAGGGGAGAGCUAUGUGUGUGGAUCCAUCGAGCCUUACAAGAAACUGGAAUACACCAAAAAUGUCAACCCUAACUGGUCGGUCAACAGCAGGACCGGUGGAUCCGAACGGGCACCCACAUCUCUGGCCAGCGCUAAGGCUGGUUCUUCAGAAACCAAGGAUAACAAAGAUUUCAUCCGACCCAAACUGGUGACGAUAGUCCGCAGCGGAGUGAAGCCCAGGAAAGCCGUGCGCAUUCUUCUCAACAAAAAGACGGCCCACUCCUUCGAGCAGGUUCUCACAGAUAUCACUGAUGCUAUAAAACUGGACUCGGGGGCGGUCAAGAGAUUAUACACAGUGGACGGGAAAAUGGUCACAUGCCUUGAGGACUUUUUUGGUGAAGAUGAUAUAUUCAUUGCCUGUGGACCAGAGAAGUUCCGCUACCAGGAUGACUUCCUGUUAGAUGAUAGUGAGUGCAGGGUGGUGAAAUCGCAGUCUUACGGCCGCCUAUCUUCCAUGCAGGGUCGCUGCUCUCCUCGCAGUGGUGGACCCUCGAGAAGAAGCAAGUCCCCCGGUUCCACCAGCUCAGCUAAUGGAACAGCAGGCAGUCAGCUGUCGACUCCACGGUCAGGAAAAUCUCCCAGUCCAUCAGCCACCAGUCCAGCAAGCCUGAGGAGACGGAGGGGCUCUCAGCACAGUGGCUCCUCCCUCUCUCUUGCGUCUACCAAGGUGUGCAGCUCUAUGGACGAGGGAGAUGGGCCAAGAAGUGAAGCUGAGCUGAUGGAGGAUUAUCCUCAGGUUCCCGCUUCCAUAGCUGAGAGGUACAGAGUGGGGAGAAUGAUUGGAGAUGGGAACUUCGCUUUGGUCCGGGAGUGUGUCGAGAGAUCCACAGGACGAGAGUACGCUCUGAAGAUCAUUAACAAAAGCAAAUGCAGGGGGAAGGAACACAUGAUACAGAAUGAGGUGUCUAUUCUUCGGAGAGUGAAGCAUCCCAAUAUUGUUUUACUGAUCGAGGAAAUGGACACUUACAAUGAGCUCUACCUGGUGAUGGAGCUGGUCAAGGGUGGUGACCUCUUUGACGCCAUCACUUCCUCCAACAAGUACACAGAACGGGAUGCCAGUGGGAUGCUUUAUAAUCUCUCCAGCGCUAUCAAAUAUCUGCACAACCAUAAUAUUGUUCACCGCGACAUCAAACCCGAGAAUCUCUUGGUUUUUGAACACCAGGAUGGAAGUAAAUCUCUAAAACUGGGGGAUUUUGGCUUGGCAACAGUUGUUGAUGGACUCCUCUACACUAUUUGUGGGACCCCGACCUACGUAGCUCCAGAGAUCGUUGCAGAGAUGGGGUAUGGGUUAAAGGUUGAUAUCUGGGCAGCUGGGGUCAUCACAUACAUUCUGCUUUGUGGGUUUCCACCUUUCCAUGGGAGCACAGAGGAUCAGGAUGCACUUUUAGAUCAGAUUUUAAUGGGACAGCUGGAUUUCCCUCUUCCAUACUGGGACAACGUAUCUGACUCGGCAAAGGAUCUUAUUACCUGCAUGCUGCAGGUGGAGGUUGAUCAGAGAUACACAGCCUUGCAGGUGCUGGACCAUCCCUGGGUCAACGAUGAGAGAUUGUGUGAGAAUGAACAUCAGUUGUCUGUGGCUGGCAAGAUUAAAAAACAUUUCCAAACCGGCUCCAAACCUAACAGCAGCCCAGCUGGAGUCUCCAUCAUAGCAACCACCCCUCUUGAUAAGGAGAGGCAGGUUUUCAGACGAAGACGCCACCAGGAUGUGAAAGGCACCUUGAGCACCUUUCCCUCCAGUACUCCGACCUUGGUGACCCUCUCCCCGGCUGAAUUCACAUCAGAGUCUGAGGACAUCUCUCCCUGUUCAGCCGAGACGGUCCGCUCACCACACUCACCCUUUUAACAGCCGACACAAUGUCUGUGCAGGAAAACAUACGAUGAAACAGACGAUAAGAAGAAAAGGUAAAGUGAAUUAUGGAUGGAUGACAGGUGGUCGACACAGAGUCCCCUUUUGAAAACCACGAAGAACAAUGUUUUGUUACAUGGAUCACAUGGUUAAGGUUUGCUAGGAAUGGAUGGGAUGAUGAUUUGUGUUUUGUAAUCUCUGAAGUAAGCACACAGUCUCAUGUGUUUUGUGUUGUUUCCAAAGAAGCUCAUAUCUGAACUAAAAUUCAAAAUAGUUUUCUCUGUCAAAACUACACGUUUGGUGCUACAAGAGACUGGCCAGUAGUUUAGAUCAUCUGCCUUACUUUUCCUGCGAGCCUCCUCCAGUGUUGUGCCCUCUAGUGUUGAGUGUGGGAAAUGCAGCUCAAUAUUUCUCCAAGUCUACAAGGGUUUUCCUUUUUAUCCCUAUAAUAAACCUGGGAUUUUAGCAUCUUUUCUUUCAAAAUCUCGUUUGUUAGUUUUUACCUUUUGUAUAACUUAUUAUUUUACACAUGUUAGGUUUACAUUAUAGCCUAGUAACCUUAUUUUUGCACAUUUAAGCAUUUCCGUGUGAUUUGUUUUUGUCUGUUAGACGUGCGAAUGUUCUUUUUUUAAUAUGUAAAAUUGCUGAAUAGUUAGAGAUUUGAUGUGCUGUAGAUGUGGCUUUAGAGGUGUUUUUAUUUUGAACCUAAUGCAAUCCAAGUGAAGGGUGCUGAUUUUAACAUGAAUAACAAUGAAACUUGUCAGUUCAAUGCUGCUGCUAUAAUCUCAUCGUCAGUAAGUUUGGCUCUGUCCGUACUACUGUCUUAUAGACUAUAAAAUUAUAGACUAUAAUAGACUGUACAGCUACUUUCCUGAAUAAAUAUAAAUUCUCAGAUGUCGUAAUAGGUGACGGGAGAACAGAAUGUAGUAAACAAGCUGAGGUGGUAACUAGAUUACCUUAUUUAUUAUUCAAAAGUGUAAGACACACUAAAAUAUUUGGAUGACAUUUGGGCUAAGCUUAGAUCAUUUUGUUUAUAAGAAUGUUUAGUUUGAAUCUUUAGAAUUUAAUUGGAAUGUAUCUUUUAAUAUUUAGUCAUGCAAUGGCCAAAUGAGACCGAAAGAAAGAUUUGAAAUGUUUUAUAUGGUGAAAACAGAAAAACAAGUUCUGAUUCUUUUAAUAAAUGAAGAGUUUAUUUGCAAAAAACAGAUAACUCUAUUUACAACUUUUUAUGUUAUCAUGUUUUUAUUGUUUAAGUUUGCUGUAUUUUUUGCGUUAUUAUUUAAUCAGAACACCCCAACUGCAGUUUGAUUGAUAUUCAUUUGAAUGCACAAUACAAAAAACAUGAUUUUUACAUUUGAAACGGAGUUAUCUGUUUUUGCAGAUAUUUUGGAGCAUUUUAAUGGUCUUUUAGCAUAUCAAGAACCACUACACAGAGAUCAUUAUUACCCAACCACUAUUGUAACACUAUUGACCUGUUUAUCAAACUUCACACAGAAAUGAUCAAGACCUUUUUGUUGGUCUAAAAAUGUAUAUGUUGCAUGUGGUCCAAUAUAAAUGUUAAGUAUUUAAAUAACAGUUCUGUUUAAUAUCAGAACUGUCAGAAUCUCAUCACAAGCAGCUAGUUUCAUAAAGCCCUCUCUUUGUUUUAUGUGUGUUGCUUUAUCUGUAUUGAACAUUUUAAGGUUAUACAGCGUACUGAGGCCGACAGCAUGUGUGAAGGCUUCAGGUACAAUCAUAAGAGUGACUGAAAACCAUGAAAGGCUUAAAACGUAGUUACGGUAUAGCAUGAAAUUGCUUUAUGAUUAAACAUGAAAAAUGUAUCGCUUGAUGAGUCUAGAUCAAUUCAUAAGAAAAAAUAUUCUAUGAUCAAGCUCAUUUUUUGGGUAGGAUGCAGAUCAAAUCAGUCUUUGAGAACAUAUUCCAGGUCGUGCAAAUGCCCAAAUAUUAAGGAAAAGUUGUAUCAUUGUAUAAUGCAUAUCCAUAGUUUGUCAAUUGUCAUUAAAUGUCAUACAGGCUCAACCCACAUAAAGUCUUUGCUUUCAAGUAGCAUUUAACAAUGAAGCAUUCAGCAACACGCCAAACCUUUGAAUAAAU